CAGAUACACGUUUAUUUGAAGCACUCAGCAGAAACCCGAAGACUGUUGCACGGGAGCCUGAAUAGAAUUAUAAAUUCCUUUGCAUUUGUGUUGAUGUGGCAAGUCACAAAUAGCUUUUUGAAAGUCCUAUAUCUUAAAAGCUUUAUUUCUGAAAUGCAAAACAUUUUGGGACUGUAUCAACAGUGGACUAAUAGUUUUUGAGUGGAUUUUUCCUUUAAGAGCUGUGCCUGCCUGUGAGUGAGCCUAUGGCUGGCCCAUAAACAUCGACAACUUUUCAGCUAUUUGUCCUAGCUCUUGCAACAUUACCGAAUUUGCUUCUCCCAUCUGGCUCUCCAGUCACUGAGCGCUAACACAUAGGCAGGAGUGGCAUCCUGCCUCUCCAAGGGGACCUGGCUGAUUUUACCUCCAGGAGCCACGUUGCCUUCUCAGCCGUCCUGCUAUGCCUAAACCAGGCCUUUCACGCCUGGCCACAUCCCCUGACUCUAUGGAGGCAUCUCACCUCGUUUCCAUGUCAUCGCCCCUUGUCUCCCCAUCCAAGUCACGGCUCAAGUACAUGUCCCUGGGUGUGCUGGUGCUGCAGACCACCUCACUGGUGCUUACCAUGAGGUACUCGCGCACACUGCAAGGCGAGGGGCCCCGCUACCUAGCCUCCUCAGCCGUGGUGUUGGCCGAACUGCUUAAGAUCCUCAUCUGCCUGCUGCUCAUUUUCUAUGACCACAACUUCAGUUUUCUUGUGUUGAAUCGGGUGCUGAAGGAAGAGAUUCUCAACAAGCCCAUGGAGACGUUGAAGCUGGCCAUCCCAUCAGGCAUCUACACACUCCAGAAUAACCUUCUCUAUGUCGCCCUGUCCAACCUGGACGCUGCUACCUACCAGGUGACGUACCAGCUGAAGAUCCUGACCACGGCCCUGUUCUCAGUAUCCAUGCUGGGGAAGAGACUGGGGCUCUACCAGUGGCUGUCCCUGCUCAUCCUCAUGACUGGUAUCGCUCUCGUUCAGUGGCCUUCGGAGUCUCUGGAUGGGCCAGCUCCGACACCUCUGUCUGCAGGCUCCCAGUUAGUUGGUGUGAUAGCCGUACUGAUAGCCUGCUUCUCCAGUGGCUUCGCUGGAGUCUACUUUGAGAAGAUCCUCAAAGGGACCAAACAGAGUGUGUGGGUCCGCAACAUCCAGCUAGGUUUGUUUGGCCUGGUGUUUGGUCUAAUGGGAGUGUUUGUGUACGACGGAGAGAGAGUGAGGGAGUCCGGAGUGUUCCAAGGCUACAACACACUCACCUGGACUGUUGUGGCCCUGCAGGCUCUGGGUGGGUUGGUCAUAGCAGCAGUCAUUAAGUAUGCAGACAACAUCCUGAAGGGGUUUGCCACCUCACUCUCCAUCAUCCUGUCAACACUCAUAUCCUACUUCUGGUUGGUGGACUUCGACCCCACCAGCGUGUUCUUCCUAGGAGCAGUGCUGGUCCUUGCUGCCACCUUCCUGUAUGGCUAUGAGGCUUAGGCCUGCCACCAGCCACAGCAGAGUCUAGAUUGGAGACCCACCACCAGCCAUAGUAGAGUCUAGAUUGGAGACCCACCACCAGCCAUAGCAGAGUUUAGAUUGGAGACCCACCACCUGCCAUAGCAGAGUUUAGAUUGGAGACCCACCACCACAGCCCUUGAACCAGAAAGAAGAGACACACAGGGAAAUAGGGCAAGAUGUAGGGAGGAAUAGGUUGCUGAGGAGGACGAGCACAACUUCUGAAUAAAGAAUGUAGACAGAAGUAGUCCUGCGAUGUUUAGCGCUCAAAAUAGAUAGGAGUCGCCUGAAACGGAAUGUCUGAGACCGCCAACACAGACUGGGUUUUGUUUGUCCAAUCAAGAUGGAGGGCAACAUCCGACAAUGACUAUUUAGCAUUUACUAUGCUUUUUAUUGAAAUUCAAAGUGAUUUAUGAUGCAUGGGGGUAAAAAUGGUACAACGCUCUCCCCAUAGUGACUCCAUCAAGUUUGACUCGAACAGGCUCAUGAAUGUGACUUCUUCACAAGGACGUUACAGGUAUCAACAAAAAUGUUUGGAUAAAUCCAAGAAUUCACUGACAACGUUAGUUUGAGAUAAAUAUUCAAUUUUUAUAUAUUUGAUCGUGUAUUUAUGUAUUUGGGGAAUAAGGGAGUAGGGGAAAGGCAGUUUGUAGUAUGAAUGUAUUUUAUGGGUACUGAUGGUCAAUAAGACCAAGGGCAUUCAAAUGAAUAGAAUGCCUCACACGUUACAAAGCCUCUCCUCAUUUGUCUUUGAGUGACAGCUCCAUCUAGUGGGAGUGUUGGGCCAUAGCACAUUUACUGCAGAGGGGAGGGGUUGAGACGAAUGACUAGAGAUGCUGGAUGUCUUUUUAUUGGGGACAAGGAGGAAAAGGAUUAAAGGAAGGAAUGCUUUGAACUUUCUGCUCAUUUCCGGACAUUCAGAUCCAGUUGCUGAUGUUUGUAUACAUAAAUUGCCUUUCAUGCAACAACAGAAAUUAAUAAUUAAAGUGAUCAAAUGUGAAA